CAACGGCAUAUGCUCAGCUCCAGCUCCAGCAACCAUGCCAUUUCAAACAACAUCUUGAGUUCUUGGUUCCCUGUCAUCUCAUCAUCCUCCAUCAGUCGAUCUGUCCUGCACGCCUCGCCCUCAGGCGAGCGAUCGCUUCAAGCAAAGUGCGUGCACGGGCGCUAAAUGCGCAUCAAAGUUCGCCGCGCAGCAGUUUGACGCCGGGGAACGAUGCUGCGGGUGCACCGUCCUCUUGUCACUGGCAGCAUGCUGCUGUGCCACCCUUUGUCGGCCUGCCUCGUCGGCGGCGGAAGGGCGGCGCCGGGCGGGCGCCGGGGGCUGCGCGGGGGUGAUAACAACGGGCCGUCGCGACCGGAGCCGUCGGCGAGCACGUGGAGGAAGCCGGAGCCCGGGCGACUGAAGCUCAACUUCGACGGGUCGUCGAGGCACGCGUCCCGGCGCGCGAGCAUCGGCGGCGUGUACCGCGACCACGAGGGCGGGUUCGUGCUGGGCUACGCGGAGCGGAUCGGCGCCGCGACCAGCUCCGUGGCGGAGCUCGCGGCGCUCCGGCGCGGGCUGGAGCUCGCGGUGGCCAACGGCUGGCGCAGCGUCUGGGUCGAGGGCGACGCCAUGGCGGUGGUCGACGCCGUGCGGAGCCGCGCGCGCGUGCGGGUACGGGCCCCGGAGGACCUGCGCCUGUUCGGGGAGAUCGAGAAGCUGCUGCUGCUGCUCGACGACAUGAGCGUCUCGCACGUGCGGCGCGGGGGUAACCGGGUGGCGCACGGCUUCGCCAAGCUCGGCCACGGCGCCGCGCGGCCCCGGGUGUGGCGCGACGUCCCGCCCGACGAGGUGAUCAGGCUCCUGCAGCGCGACGCCGAAGGGAGAUGAUGCCCG